AUAGGUAAACUAAUAACUCGUUUUGGAAAGCACCACUUUUGCUUUUUGAAGUUGUCUUUAGUAAGCCUACUUACUUUUUUGUAUGAACCGUAUUAUGCGUUAGCAAUUUGAGCAGUAGCCUUCCACUGUGCUUAACCGCAAUUUUUUUUGGAUCUAUUUUUCAGAGAAAAAAAGAAAAUGGAAGGAUUAUACCAACAAAUCGUCAACGCUUCACAGAGCUUGCAUGAGAUGAUUUUAAAGUAUGAGCAAAAAAAAGAAAUUCCAACGCUUACCAAGGAAGCUGGACUGUUAAAAGAAUUUAACAACCUUCAAGAAGACUAUGCGCGCCUCACUGAGUACCGCUUUCGACAGAAUUUUGAACUCCGGGGCGCUUUUAAAGGCAAAAUGGAACAACUUAAAUAUGACUUGGAACUUUUAAAGAGUGCGAUAGAUCAAUUUCGGAGAAAAAACGAGAAUCUGCGUGCUUUGAAAACAAGAGAGGAGCUUUUACUUAAUCACAAAUUCUUUCCCGUAAGAAAUCAGGAAACUUCGAUUGGCAUAGACCCCUUUUCUAGAGAGUCAGAUCUUCUUGACGAGGCCCAUAGACAAAUGGAUGCCCUCCUCUUUCAAGGAAGUUACUUUUAUCAAAAUAUUAUAGAAAGUGGAAACAUGUUUAAAAAAGCACACUUAAGAGUUGUGAAUAUGAUGGGCUCUAUGGAUUUAUCGCAAUCUCUGCUACGUCUAAUAGAGAGACGGCAGGCCCAAGAUUAUUACAUCUUAAUUGGUGGGAUACUCGCCACAAGCAGUAUUGUAUGGGCGGCCAUCCACUACUUCAUGUGACAAAUUACUGGGAUGUAUUCAACAUACUCUUCCCCCAUAUAUGUGCGUUAA